AAGCGAGGUGCUAUUGGAAGAGACUCUGCAGCAGCAGCGGUUGUUGAUGAAGCAGAGUUCACCCCCCUGGUCUCUGUGAGCCGCUCUGGAUAACAGCCUCUGCUGAAUGACCCAUUCGUACUAAAAUAAUAAUAAUUCAAUAUACUGAAAUCUGACCGGAUGAGUGCCAAUCUGGGUUUUUCCUAAAGCAGAGGAAAAAGUCACCCGCAGCUCGAUGCGCUUAUUAUUCUUAUUAUUUAUUAGUAUUAUUAUUAUUAUUAUUAUUAUAAUUAUUAUGUUGUGAUGUCAUUCACUCCAUGUCAAUGACGUAACGAUGCGCUAUUCCUUGCGGUUUAACCCUUCAGGCAUCGCGAUAUUAAAUCUGGUUAUCGUCCUGUUUAUUUAUCUUUUUGCGUCUAUAUUAAACCUUAACCUCCAACAAAACAACAAAAAAAAAACAAACAAAAAAAAAACUAAAACUAAAAUAAGACCAUUUCCCUGCGAUAUGAGAAAGCCCUGGUCUGGACUCGCACUAAAGGUGCGCUGCAGCUUUAAGACCGCGGAGAGGGAGACCCGCAGCUGCUAUUGGUGGGGUUUAAUGAAUCCGUUGCCAUGCAACAAAUGUCUUCCACGCAUUGGAGGACAUUUCUGAUGGAUGGCCGGAUUGACCAAUGAGAGUCAUGUAAAUGAUAUCGAGUCGCCCAAUCAUAGAGCGGUCCUCGCCUGGCUUUUUCAUACACCGUGAAGGUGGAGCCAAGGAGACCUGAAAAAAUGAGUGACAGCCGCCUAAGCCAAUAGUAUAAAUGAUUUUCAGCAGGACGGCCAAUCAGAGCUCGGGGGUGGGAGGGGAGCGGUCUACGGGGGCAACGCAAAAAUAAUGGCUGUUGUCGUGAAAAAUAAAGCGGUAUCCCGGCGUAUUCAGGGGGGUUAUCGUUUUGUUUUCAGUAGAAAGGCGGAUUUCAAGAUGCUGUUUUUAAUUUCCCUCUGCCUUGUCUCCGUGGCGCGGUCUGGCGCAGAAGAGGGGCACCAGACGGAGGAAUUUCUCAAACGGGAGUUUUCACUGACGAAACCUUAUCAAGAUGUGGGCUCGUCCAGCUCCUCUCACUGGGAGCUCCUGGGGAACGCCAUGGUGAGCACGCAGCAGCUGCGCCUCACCCCCGACAUGCAGAGCAAGCAGGGCGCCGUCUGGAACCGCACUCCCUGCUUCCUGCGGGACUGGGAGCUGCAGGUUCACUUCAAGGUCCACGGGCAGGGCAAGAAAAACCUAAACGGAGACGGGUUUGCAGUGUGGUACACCAGGGAGAGGAUGCAGACAGGCCCUGUCUUCGGCAAUAAAGACAACUUCACAGGGCUGGGGGUGUUCGUGGAUACCUACCCCAACGAGGAGAAACAGCAGGAGAACCAGAAGAGGAGGUUCAGCCCCAGCUCCCAGCGGCUCUUCCCCCUGGUUCUGGCCAUGGUUGGUAAUGGCUCUCUGAGCUACGAUCACGAGCGUGACGGGCGCCCCACGGAGCUGGGCAGCUGCACGGCGCUGGUGCGGAACCUGAACCACGACUCCUUCCUGGUGGUGCGCUACGUGCGGAGGAGGCUGACCGUCAUGAUUGAUAUCGACGGGAAGCACGAGUGGAGAGACUGUCUGGAUGUCCCGGGGGUCAGGCUGCCUCUCGGGUAUUAUUUUGGGGCGUCCUCGUUGACGGGAGAUCUGUCAGAUAACCACGAUCUGAUCUCUCUGAAGCUGUACCAGCUGACUGUGGAGCGCAGCGAGGAGGAGGAGCUGCUGGACAAGGAGGUGUUCAUACCCAGCGUGGACAACUGGGAGCUGCUGAGAGUGCUGGAUCAGCCUGAGUCCAUGGGUGCCGUGUCUUUCUUCCUGCUCAUUCUCUUCAGCAUCCUGGGCUGCAUCAUACUCGUCAUCCUCGGGGUCAUCGCCUACCAGAAGUGGAGCGAGAGGGACAAGAGAUUCUACUGAGAGGAGAGAGGCUGGAGUGAGGGGAGGGGGUAGAGAGAGGCUG